CACACAUCGAAAAAGAAAAUUCCACUAAUAGAAAUUUAUUCACAUGAGAAUUGUGAAAAUUAAGAAGAUUACCUUUACGUCACCAACUUCUACAUUUUGGGUUUCAAAUACUGAGUAUUUUUUUUUUUUUUAAUAAAUAAAGAAACGAAAUAUCGGAAGCAAAAACGUGUGAUUUCAUCCCAGCUUCAAGCAAACUCGUUAGGGUUUGCUCAAUCUUCUACCAACUUUCUAUCUAUUUUUUACCCAACAAUUGAAUACACAAAACACUUGAUCAUAUCAAAUCAUUGAUUAUCCCUAAUUCAAUUUGAAGAUUAAUUUCUGCAAUUCCAACUUACUAAAUCGAUUAAUUCUCAAGAUUUUUCCCCAUUCCUUGUUGAUUUAAUCAAGAUGCCGAAUUUCUUCUCAGCAUUGAGAACAGCUGGGAGGAGCAGAAUAUUGCGACAAAACGACAUUAAACCAUUCAUUCGACAUCAGAAUCGUACAAUUGAUCUCGGCGAGAUUGGAAAUUAUGUUUCAGUUCGAUGUUUGAGCAGCAUUGCUGGAGUUGAUCGGUUUUGUUCUAGAGAUUUGAUUCAUCGUUCGAAUGAAUUGUUAAAUUCUAAUUAUAAUUUGCAGAAAAGAUGGUUUUUAGGGGUUGGAGAUGGUGAAGAAGGAACUCUUUCUAAGGUUCAUGAGGAAAAACUUGUUCUUGGGUACUCCCCUGAGCAACUGUUUGCUGUCGUUGCAGCUGUAGAUAUGUAUGAAGGUUUCUUACCUUGGUGCCAAAGAUCAGAAAUAAUUCGACAUCACCCUGAUGGAUCAUUUGAUGCUGAAUUAGAAAUUGGUUUUAAAUUUCUAGUUGAGAGUUAUGUUUCACAUGUGAUUUUGGACAAGCCGAAGUACAUUAAGACCACUGCAUCUGAAAGCAACCUUUUUGAACACUUGAUCAACAUAUGGGAAUUCAGGCCAGGUCCAACUCCAGGCACCUGUAAUGUUUACUUCUUGGUCGAUUUCAAGUUCCGUUCACCGCUUUACCGGCAGGUGGCAUCAAUGUUCUUUAAGGAGGUUGUAUCUCGAUUGGUCAGUUCAUUUACUGACCGCUGCCGAUUGAUAUACGGGCCAGGGGCAGCCAUUGAGCAAAAUGCGUAGGAUUUUGGAGUUAACUCACCCUGAUACAUCGGCUCUAGGCCAUCUCUAGAGAUAUAGUUGAAUCAAGUGAAACUUUUAGGAGGCUGUAACCUUGCAUCUCAUUCUUUAGAUUUUUGUUAAUCACAAAAUUGUAUCUUGAAGUAUUAUUGAGAUACUCUUGACAAUUUGGGAUUCCAAAUCGAGCCUUGUUAGUUUUUCAAUUCCUUUCUUUUGGCUGCUGAGACUUGCAUGAAGACCCAAUGGAGGCUUCUGAUGUACAUUUUCCCCUAAAAUUAAGGAUUAGACAAAGCCACGAGGCCUGUGAUCCUGUACAAUAAUACAUAGGUAUGUAUAAUGUUGAACUUAAUCAGAUUAGAUUGUUUCGAAACAA